CGAGAAAUCGUUCUUGAUUGUCAUUGUCUGACCAACCUUACAUUCCCUAUUUCAACUUUCUCCUAAUUGGCUACCAUGCAUCUUUAUACUCUAGUACUAUCUCAAAGCCUUGUGGCAGCUGCGCAAAUGAUAUUCGUCUCCACAGGCAACCCUAUUCUCUCCGAUGGAUCGGUCUACUCGGCAGAUCCCGCUCCCCUGGUCGUCAACGACACACUAUAUAUCCUCUCAGGCCGCGAUGAAGCUCCUAUUGAUGUAAACGACUUUGUUAUGAAUGAAUGGCAAAUGUUCGUCAGUGCGAACCCCGACCCUGCUGGUAGUGACUGGCAGCUCUAUACCGAUAUUGCACGUCCAAAAUCGGUGUUCACCUGGGCCGCUGAGGGAACAGCUUACGCAAGCCAGAUCGUUCAGGGACCGGACGGAAGAUUCUACUUCUACGCUCCUGUGACGGAGGCCAACUCGGCGAACGCUGAUAGAUUUGCAAUUGGCGUUGCCGUUGGGGAUAGCCCUCUAGGCCCGUUUGCUGAUGCCCGCCCUGACGGGCCUAUCAUCUCGCAGUCGGUACCUUCGCCGGGGAAUAACAUCCAAAAUAUCGAUCCCACCGUGUUCAUAGAUGAUGAUGGCAGAGUAUACCUUUAUGAGGGUACUUUCGGUCAGCUCCGCGGGUUCGAGCUCGAAGACGACAUGGUGACUAUUAUCUCUUCGGCCACCACCGUCACCUCGUUGACUGGAUAUUUCGAAGCUCCAUGGCUCACGAAACGAGGCAGCACCUAUUACAUGAUUUACGCGGCCAACAAUGCUGGGGCAGAAUCGCCGUGUACUCCUACGUCAUACCACGCCUGUAUCGCGUAUGGUACGGCUAGCUCGCCCCUGGGACCUUGGACCUUCCAAGGUGUCGUGCUGGGCAUUGUGUCCUCCACUACAUCCCACCCUGGUGUCUUUAUUCUUGAUGAUACGUACUAUCUUGUCUACCAUACUGCCGAUGCUGAUGGCGGUGGCCAUUUCCGCCGCAGCAUCGCUUUUGACGAGAUGACCUUCGACGACAGCCAAUCGCCGCCACGUAUCAACAAAGUAAUCCAGACUCAUCGCCCAGAACCCGAGGCUGCACCGAACCGCAACAUUGCGCCGAGAGCAGUAGCAAGUUCUAUCAACACGACUCCUGUUCAGUACUGGGUUGCAUCCGUCAAUGACGCCAAGAUCCCAGGGAACCCGCUGCCGCCAGAUUACUGGUGCUCGUAUGACGGAACCGCGUCUCCUCAGACGAGUCAGCUCGUUCUCAGCUGGAAUACCACCGUGACAUUGAACGGUACGCGUAUGGCAUUUUUUGCGGACCAGCCAGCAGGUGCUGAUAUAGGCGUGCCACCACCUUCGAGCUGGAGUGUCGAGUAUCUCAAUUCUGGCGGCGCCUGGUCUGUCCAAGUUUAUAGUGAGUCGGAGCAGAGUGUUAGCAAGCCCAAAUGUAAGCUCGCAGGAAGACCAAGAGGCUGAAAGUCAUGAGUACAACAUGUUUGCUCUUGUAGUAGUCAAGAAAGGUGCAGAAGCAGUCUACCGAGUAUGCAUAGUUCAGUCGGACGGCGCCAGCUCUUUUGGUCACCAUUGCUGAAUCGAACACCAUGACUCAGCUUGAGCCACUGAACAGUGGAGGGUAGAACAAUUGUAUCUUAAAACGAUGUAGAAAACGCCGAAACUCUUAAAACAAUUGAUAUAAAUGUAUUAUAAGGGUAGUUCAGUUAGAAGAAACGACGCAGUUGUUUAG